AUGUAUCAAUUCCUACAGGGCUCUUCCCACAACAGUGUGGUCAUCUGCUACAUCUACUUCACGCGUAUCAUCGUCUACCUCCUCAAGCUCACCAUCCCUGCGCACCUGAAUUGGCUGGUUGAACUGUUCCAGGAAUUGGUGACUCUAGUCUUCUUGGUGUCUAUCGGUUACAAGUUCCGUCCGUUUAACGACAACCCCUACCUCCAAGUGCCCUCCGAUGAUGACGAGGACACCCUGCUUGAACGCUUUGAUCUGGAGGAAGUGUAUGUUUAG